AGGAGAGAAGGAGAAAAGCUGGAGGGAGAGAGGGGAGAGGGGGGAACGGGGGUUUGGAUACAUCUCCACCUGUCUUCACUCUGCCAUGGACUGCCUCUGCAUAGUGACCACAAAGAAAUAUCGAUAUCAGGAUGAAGAGACUCCGCCCCUGGAGCAUAGCCCCGCCCACCUGGCUCACAGUAAAAGCGCUGAGAUGCUUCACAUGAGUGAUAAGAAUCUGGCUGCCAUGGAUUCCUUGCACAGUUAUGCCCCCCACACACACAUCUCUCCAAUAAAGCCAGUGUUGCUGUCCUCUGGUCAAACCCCUAUGUACACCUCUGCAGUCUCCACACUGGUAAGAGCACUUUUACUUUGCUGCCCCUGCUGUCCAGGAGGCAGAACUCCAUAGGUGGGCUCUUAUCACUAACUGGUUGUGUAUGCGAUCAUUUUCAUUGUAUUUAUGGCAAUUCAUCAAUGACUGCCUUAUGACAUCAUUAUUAGAAUGUGUC